AUGCCAAGACUGCAACUUGUCGUGCUUUGGUCUGUCCUGGGCGUGAGCUGUUUCGUCACGGUGCCUCCGAUAGGACCGCAGCCAUCACCUUUGGUCGUACAGGAUACUGGCAGCCCACCGUAUGAGCCAGGCCAGCCUCAUCAUGCGGACAAGGUCCGGCUCUUGCAGCUGACUUAUACCUCCUUCAAGAACUCGGGCAUAUUCUCGGACGGUCUGAUCGGGAGCUUUUUCCCCAAGGCAUUACUGGACGUUCGGGACUCAAAUGGCAACGGGCUGCCAUGUGGAUGGAACGCGACUCUCGACGCGGCAGCUCUGUUGACUGCGCCUGCGAUACAUCUGCAGCCUGCUACAGACGCAAGCACGAUCUCCUCUGUCUUGCUUGCCAUGAUAGACUAUCCGCAGCACGCGAAUCUUUUGAACGAGACGAUUUCCAGUGGGUCGCUUAGUAGCUUGCUCGAGCCUGUCGCCCAGAAUGGCUAUCUCUGCCUGCUAAGGGAGCAUAUCCAAGUCGGGUCGCAUGCGGACGCUUACUCCUCAUAUGCUUUGCUCGAAGGAUCAGACAUCACGCCGUAUUCAUCGCCUGAUCCUCCAGCGGGUGACGGCGCUCAUCGCAUCGUCCUUGCCGCUUUCGCAAGCAAUGGCGACCUGAGCCAGUCCGCUACCAGUCUUGCUCAGCAGCGUGGCAACUUCAAUCUCACUGCCUUUGCUGAAGCUGCGAAUCUCGACACUCCGUACGCGCUAAGCUUUUUCAUUAUCGAUGCGGGUGGCGACCGGGUUCUAGAUACCUACAACAAGCUCAAGAGCUCGCCCGCACCUCGAUCCGCGCUUCCCAAGUCGCUAGUAUGGCUCACAGUCUUGGCUUUUUCAUGUGCGAGCUUGUAA